CCCGGCCCGGCCCGACCUGCCUGGUUCCGGUGACGGACUGUGGACUUGCUUCCUGGUGCCACGGCGGGACCGCAGGUCGACACUCCACCACUGAGCCACGCCGGCCGGGUGAUUAAGUCUCAGUUGCCGCCUUAGAAACUGCAUUUCCGUCCCACUCAGAGAUGGCCGCCCAGUGCGUGACGAAGGUGGAGCUGAACGUGUCCUGUGACCAUCUUCUGGACACAGACAUCGGGUCCAAGUCGGACCCUCUGUGCGUGUUGUUUCUGAACUCGAGCGGACAGCAGUGGUAUGAGGCGGAGCGCACGGAGCGGAUUAAGAACUGCCUGAACCCCACCUUCUCCAAGACCUUCGUCAUUGACUACUACUUUGAAGUGGUGCAGAAACUGAAGUUCGGGGUCUAUGACAUCGACAACAAGACCGUGGAGCUGAGUGACGACGACUUCCUGGGGGAAUGCGAGUGCACCCUGGGACAGAUUGUGUCCAGUAAGAAGCUGACGCGCCCGCUGAUGCUGAGGAACGGCAAGCCCGCGGGGCAGGGCAGCAUCACGAUUUCCGCUGAAGAAAUAAAGGAUAACAGAGUGGUCUUGUUUGAAAUGGAAGCAAGAAAACUGGACAAUAAGGACCUGUUUGGCAAGUCAGACCCUUACUUGGAAUUCCACAAGCAGACGUCGGACGGGACCUGGCUGCUGGUGCACCGAACAGAGGUGAUUAAAAACAACCUGAAUCCUGUCUGGAGGCCUUUUAAAAUCUCUCUUAACUCCCUGUGCUAUGGAGAUAUGGAUAAGACUAUUAAGGUGGAGUGCUACGACUACGACAGCGACGGCUCCCACGACCUCAUCGGGGCGUUCCAGACCACCAUGGCGCAGCUGAGGGGGGCCUCCCGGAGCUCGCCCGUGGAGUUCGAGUGCAUCAACGAGAAGAAGAGGCAGAAGAAGAAAAGCUACAAGAACUCCGGCAUCGUCAGCGUGAAGCAGUGCGAGGUCACGGUGGAGUGCACCUUCUUGGACUACAUCAUGGGCGGAUGCCAGCUGAACUUCACCGUGGGGGUGGACUUCACCGGCUCCAAUGGGGACCCGCAGUCCCCCGACUCCCUUCAUUACAUCAGCCCCAACGGUGUGAACGAGUAUCUGACCGCCAUCUGGUCCGUGGGGGUGGUCGUUCAAGACUACGACGCGGAUAAGAUGUUCCCUGCGUUUGGGUUUGGAGCUCAGAUCCCGCCUCAGUGGCAGGUGUCGCACGAGUUCCCCAUGAACUUCAAUCCAUCCAACCCCUACUGCCAAGGGAUCCAGGGCAUCGUGGAGGCCUAUCGGGCCUGCCUGCCUCAGAUAAAGCUCUACGGACCGACGAAUUUCUCCCCGAUCAUCAACCACGUGGCCAGGUUUGCUGCUGCAGCCACACAGCAGCAGACGGCUUCUCAAUAUUUUGUGCUCCUGAUCAUCACCGACGGCGUGAUCACAGACCUGGACGAGACCAGGCAGGCCAUCGUCAAUGCCGCCAAGCUGCCUAUGUCCAUCAUCAUCGUCGGAGUGGGCGGCGCCGACUUCAGUGCCAUGGAGUUCCUGGACAGCGACAGCGGGGCCCUGCGCUCCCCGUCGGGUGAGGUGGCCAAUAGAGACAUCGUGCAGUUCGUGCCUUUCAGACAGUUCCAGAACGCUCCCAAGGAGGCGCUGGCCCAGUGUGUCCUGGCCGAGAUCCCCCAGCAGGUGGUGGGCUACUUCAACACCUACAAGCUGCUUCCCCCCCAGAACCCUGCCACCACCAAGUGAAGGCUGCCUCCCGACCGUGACCAGCCCGGCGCUUACUGUCACCCGGCAUUCAUGCUGUAACCUAGUUCUCUAUGGGUUCUUUCUACUUAAAGCGUUUUUUAUACUUUCUGGAGGAAAAGUGCUAAGUUAAUCUUUACCAAUCAAUACAGUGGUUGCUUCUGACCCAGGGGCUGCAGUGAGGCUGUCUGGAGGAGACACUCCCGAGGAACGUGGUUUGUUGUUGUGACUGUACUUUCAUAGGAGGAGCUGCCGUUUCCGGUGGUUCCCAGUAGGAGGAAUGGAGCCUGUUGGGCGGUGUGAUUCCAGGUUUCUGUGCAGCAAGCCCCACCUCAGUGACAAGGCUCCUCAGAGCAGAUGACACUGAGCUGUUCCUGUAACGGUUCAGUGCUUCUCGGGGCUAAUCUCGGCGCAUUCCGCCGGGCCUGCUGCAGGCGCUGAGCAACAGGCCGCACACCCUCCCUCUGGCACAGCCGGUGGCCUGAGCCUCGCGCCAGCAGCUGUGCGUGUCACCGCCCAGACCGCUCUGCCUGCGGACACUGUCCGCGAGCCCAGGUCUGCGUGUGUGCGCCACGGCUUGUCCUGUAUUCCCCGUUGUUGGAGCGUUUUCCUGGGAGGGGAAGCACUGAGCUGCUCUGUUGGGAGCCGUGGGACCAAACCAGCACUCCAUUCCGCGUGCGGAUGGGCCGCGGCGCCAUCGGGAGGGACGGUGUCAGACCUUGCUUGCUGAGGCCCCUUAUGCUGAUUUGUACGUAUUCACUUAGACAUUUUUCCUUUUUUUUUGAGUAACAUUUUUAGUCUGAUUUUUAAACUCAUGAUAAUCAAAAUCACAUUUCUCAUUAAUAAUGUGCUAUGUACUAAGCCCAGGAUGUACUGUAUUAAGCAUAAAACCUGUUGUAACUUAAAAAAAAAAAAUCUAGCUCUGCCUUUGGAUAUGGUGGACUUUACAUGCUUUUUUUUUUUCCCCACAUUGGUCCUCAACCCAUCCCGUUUUAUUUUUUAAUUUUUUUUCAAUCUUUAAUUUCUUUAUUGAUUAAGGUAUUUCAUAUGUGCUUUUUAAAGAGUAGAAUUUCCCCCUGAUUUUUACCCUUUAGGACAUAUUGCUUAGCAAACAUGGUCCCAUCAGAAUAGGUUUGGCAGCAUUCCAGGGACCUGUGUGCCCAGGAUCGCACGUGCCCUUAGAUCGCAAUCGUCUUUAACUUCAACAUUAAAACUAUGUGUGGAUCACAAUCCUCGGGAGGCCGGCUGUGUUGACAGUUCAGCGCGUGUCCCGGUUCUCAGACAUGUUGGAGGACAUGACCCCCAGCCAGGAGCAGCCCUGUCCGUGUUCUGGUUGCAGCUCCGUGUGCUUGGAAACAGCACAGAGAUGUUGCUGGCUUUGUUUCCUUUUAAACCCACAUGGCCCCUCUUAACUCCCGGACCCUUAAGUUUCUCCUGCAGCACCAGCACCACCUGCAGGGGGCGCUGGGGUCACCAGCAUGGGGGCUUAUUGGUUCCACGCUGAUCACAAUCCUCACACCAUGGCCAGCUGCCUUGGGGCUCACAAUUUCAUAUUCUGGUUUUAAACAGAAUGUUUCCUUUUAAAAUUAGAUUUUUAUUAUUCAUUCUUGACCAGGUUCAUCACUAGAUGCUGUUUCUGAUAAGAACUAUGAUUCCAGCAAAUUAGGGUAAUGGAUACAUUUUGCAGUUUUGAAUAAAAGCUGUUACAAUUUCUAAAUUACUUUAUAAAGUCCUUACAAUUCCUACAUGUCACCUCAUCGCGUGUGACUUGUUUUAUAUUAAACUAGAGGCCCGAUGCACAAAAUUCAUGUAUGGGUAGAGUCCCUAGGCUUAGCUGGCGAUCAGGGCCUAUCUGUGGGCCAAACAGCAGGGUGAUCUGGGGGCCCCCACUGGCACCCGCCUUGGCUGGCCAGGGGUCUGCGGGCUGGGGGUAGCUCCUGCAUUCAGUGUCUGCCCCAUGGUGGUCAGUGGGCAUCAUAGCAACCGGUUAUUCUGCCAUUCAGUCGAUUUACAUAUUAGGCUUUUAUUAUAUAGGAUGCUGCUUUUGCCCAUUGUGCCACCAUUCAUUCCAGUGCCACUAGUUCUCAAAGUGCAUUUAGAGACACUGUAACUGAGUCAAUGGUCACACCUCUUCACCCGCUGUGUUUCCUGGCAACCCGUCUUCAUCCGUCUCCCCUGCAUGCAGCUGAUAAUCACGUGGAGAAUUUAAUCCAAGAAGUCUGGCUGUGACUGCGAGAACUCUUGUGCCUUUUGGGUGUCAUCCUUACAACAAAUGUGUAAGCUAGGAAUAUAUGAACUAAUGUUGAGUAUAUCUUCCACAUGAAUGCCCUUUGGAUAAAGUUAUUUUUCAAUGUGCUACAACAGUGCCUUGUUUUUGUUCUUAUUCUCUAAAUGUUAUCAAAACCAGUAGAAAAGUUUGAAAUAAAAUGAAUGUAGUCUAUUA